AUGUCAGAAAAGCGAGUCUUACUGCUCGUAGCUCAUGGUUCCGAGGAGAUGGAGGUGUCUACUCCGUAUGAUGUCCUAGUGCGAGCUGGUCUUAAGCCGCUGCUUGUGAGCGUUGGCAGAGCGGACAAAGGAAGAGUCGAGCUGUCCCGUGGUCUGCCGAUCUACGUGCACUCUUCCCUCUCGGAUCUACGGUCUAAUGACCUCUUCGAUGCUGUGCUAGUGCCCGGUGGUGUAGCAGGUGCAAGGACAAUCUCAUCUGAUCAGCAUGUUCAAGAGCUGCUCAAGUCACAUUACGAAGCUGGCAAGAUUGUCGGCUGCAUCUGCGCUGGCUCUCUAGCAGUCAAGACGUCUAACAUCGCUCGCGGCAAGACGAUUACAUCGCAUCCAAGUGUGCGAGAUCAGCUCGAAAGAGACUACAGAUACUCGGAUGAGAGAGUCGUUGUCGAUGGCAAUUUGAUCACCUCACGCGGUCCAGGCACAGCUCUGCUGUGGGCUCUCACGCUUGUGGAGGCGAUGUGUGGCAAGGCAAAGCGCGACGAAGUAGCAAGUCCGAUGAUCGUUUCUGCUCAGCUGUAG